AACUGAAAACUGUCACAAGUUAUUUUGUCUACUUUUGUGCUUUCCCGCUCUCGAUGAGUUGAGUUCACUCAUAGCAGGAUUCAGAAUGGAGGAGACGUUGCAAAAAGAGAAAGGGGAGUCGGAAUUAAAAACUUCUGAUGGUAACCAAGGUGGGGUCCAACGUCGGCUGCGGGACAGAGAACUUCUCAGGAAGAGAAAAGCCGAGGCAGAAGAAAAGGAAACUAUCCAGUGGGUUUUUGGGGUGGAGAGCAGAAGGAAAAGACCAAGAGGCGAGCAGAAGAGCAGUGCAGGUAAAAGAGGGAGACCAAGGAAGAUGGCCACUGUGCCAGAUAUUCCUAUCGCUCCAGAGGAUCCAGCACUUGCACCAGGCGCCCCUGCAGAAGUGGUGGCGUCUGAACCUGCAGAGGUUAUCCCAGCCCAAGCAUUACCUACUCUUAUCCCAUUCCUUUCUGUGGGCAGUGAGCCAUUGAAAUCUCAGCCAGCAUACGUCCCCACUGCUGCUACUCCAAUAGCUGCCCUUGCCUCAAUCGAAACCCCUGUUCUUACACCUACAUUAGCCAGUUCCUUUGCUCUUGCUUCUGCUCCAUCCCAAGCCUUUGCCGUGGCCCCAUCUCCAGUUUCUGUCCCCACUCCUUCAGCUUCUGCUACACCUCCAGAAGAUGAACCAGCCCCGGUCCCAGAUCCAGCCCCAUCCGAGGCCUUGUCCCAAGGCCCUGUUUUAGCUUCAGUUGGCACUCUUUCUGUGCCCUCACCUUCUUCCCUUUAUACAGAGUCACAGGGUAGUGCAGACCUGGUUCUGAUUGAAGACAUAGGCUCGGAUGAGGAUGAAGAUAUCUCUCUGUUUCAAGAAAAAAGAGCUGCUGCAGAGCUGAGUGAAGAACCAACUGUCAGCGUGCUUGAACAAAAUAACAUCUUCUCAAAUCCAACUCUAAACUCUCCACCUCCUCCAUCGGAAUAUCUCCCAGGAAAUUAAUGCUGACAUGUACCUUCAGGAUACAGCCUCAGUUCAGAAAUUUAUACAGGCCAAGCUACUCAGUAGUCAGAUCUGCAUGUGAGAGUUUACUAAUGUGCAGCUCGUCAGUUGAUGGUUGCUAUCAUGUUGAAAACAUGCAUUUCUGGAUGCUUUAAACGAAGAAAAAGUGUCAAUUAAAAAAAAAGUCUGUGCACUUAUUUAUCUUAUAUUCGUGUUUUUGCGCUGACUUUAUUUUGCUCUUUCCUUCUUUUGUUAAGUUUACGUAGGUCUAUUUUGUAUUUAAUAUACAGCAGUUUGUGCCAGCUUCUGUUCAGUAGUAAAUUGUAAUUAAAUUAGAGGCCACUACUUUUUUGUGACCUUUUUUAAUGUUUUUCUGAACAUUGUAAAAAAAAAAGUUGUUCUACGUCGUAAUAAAAGAGCACUUCUC